AACAAAAAUUGGGAGAGGUUCGAAAAUAACAGAAAGUUGGAGAUGUUGGAAGGCAAACGCAGAAAGAUGGGAGAUAUGCAGCGCCUAGCGUGCCAACGACUCAUGUGUGAUCAGUACUCUCGUCUUGGCCAUUGCAAAAGAGGUGACCGAUGUCCAUUCCUUCAUGGCAAGCCAAUGAAGCCCUUGUAUCGGAAUAUUUCAGACAAUCCAGAACUAGUUGCGUUCAUGAUGAAAAACGGUAACAUGCCUGCAUGUCCACCAGAGGAUCCCACCGUGAAGAUGCUUUACGUCAAGCGACUGAGCAGGACGACACUCGUUGAGGAGGACCUGCGAGACUGUCUCAGCGCUUAUGGAGAUAUCGAAUCUAUCAGAAUGGUGCAAGAGUAUAAUGGCGCUGCGUUUAUCACAUAUGGAACCCGAGAGGCAGCAGAGAAAUGCAUGGAAGAUCUCAAAACUUGGGUUGAGAUCAAGGGUCACAAGCUGAAAAUUUUGUGGGCUUACAAGUACCAGCCUCAUCGAUACACUACCAUUUCCUCCAACCAACAGGGUGCUGUCACUUCAACUCAAGAGGGAGCUUCGUCUUCAUCUUCUGCUCUCGAGGUGAAGAGGAGGAAAAUCGAGUGAGAGACAUUUUGAUCUCAAACCCUACCUUUUGUGCUACUGUUUUUAUUGUUC